GAGGGGGAGUUGUUCUAUGGCUCUUUCCAAGAUGGCCACCAAUGAUGGAGUAAUGUAAUAACUUUACAUCGCGUUUGUUUGUUUUUUUAGUUUUUGGUAAGGCUUCUUUGACUCCUGGAAGAGGAAUUCGAGCGGGGAAAUAUACAAGGACCUUCGCAACCCCGUUUGAUUUUUGGAAGAAGGGGGGGAAAGCAGCUGUGUAUAUAGUAUGCCUGUAUAUUUCUGAGAAACCUUUGGAUUAGGACUUCAACCGUGCGUUGGAUUUCCCCCCCUCUCCCUAUCUUUCCCUCCCCUCAUGUCUUGUGAAAGGAUUUGGGAGGAGGAUUCGCAGACACACCACCUCAAGAAAAUCUCUUGAUUUAUAUUAGACAGACAUUCUCUCACCUCUGUGCUGUUCUUUCUCUUCCUGUUUCCCCUUUCUCUUCAUUUCCUCUUUUUUUUUGAAAUUUCUUCUUGUGUCUGUCGCGAAGUUUCUUUUUUUAUUAGAGGGGGUGACGGAAACUAACGUCGAAAGGAAAAGAAGCUUCGAAGUAUUUUUCUCCCCCCUUCUCCACCCCUAUUUAGUGGAGGAUUUUCUUUUUUUUUAAAAAGGGAAAGGAAUAAAAGUGUCUUUCGAGAGCGACAGGGAAGAGGAAACAACAACAAAAGGCUCGACGCUUGAGGCGGCUUUUCUUUUUCAAUAUAUUAUAUAAUUUUUUUGGGGACGUGGCAAGAGAAGAAGGUUUUCUUUUAAAGGAAGAGAAGCGGGGCAAAGGGAAAAAAAAUCAAAAUCUAUCGAAGACUCUGGAUAAAUUUCUUGUGGCAGUCGAUUUCUGAGCUGAGGAAGACAGAAACUUAUUUACUGUUUUUAAAAUAUACACCAGCCGCGGCCACGACAACAACAGCAACAAAAAAAAAGCUUCUCGACAGGGGAAAUCCAAGUUCGUCUGAUUAUAAUUUACACCCUUUUUUAAAAAAAAAAAUUCUCAACGAAUUUAAAAAAGCAACCGUUUACCCCGAUGACAGUUGAGGUCAUGAGCACAAAAACUCCGCUGUUCUAGGAUUUAAAAGAAUGUCAUCAGAGGACAAAAGUGUGGAACCUUCUGACCUGGGACCGCCACCUCUGUCUGCUGCCCUAGUGGCUGCUCCUGUUGGUAGCCCUGUAAAUAAUGACAAACGACCAAGGGGCCGACCUCGCAAAGAUGGCACAACUUCUCUGCAGAAGAAGAAGAAGCCUCGGAGCAGGGGGAAGACUGUUAUUGAGGAUGAAGACAGUAUGGAUGGAUUGGAGGCAACAGAAAAUGCGAUGGAAACAGACAUUAAAGAUGACUCACUGGAGGAGGAUAUCCUUACAGAAAUGGAGACCAAUGAACAAUCAACUCUCCUGCAGCGUUCAAUAUCUGAAGACUCUGCCAGCUCUAUAACCUCAGUCAACCUAGAUACAAAAACCAGCAAUGAACAGCUCUGUGCCUUGUGCUAUUGUGGUGAACGCAGCUCACUGGGGCAGGGAGAAUUGAAAAGAUUCAACCCAACUCCAGAUUUUAUAUUACAAAGGAAGAGCCCAUCUCAAGCAAAGCAAGAUGGUACUGAUAGUUUGGAGGAUGUUAAUGACAAGAGCCACAAACAAUGUUCCACUUCACAAAGGUGGCAGCAAAAGUCUCCUUGCCAUGCUGCAAUGCCCAUCUCAACGUGUAUUAAUGUUCCAGUGGCUUCUGAAGAACAGACAAGCAGAUAUUGGGAUGAGCUCACUCAAGUUGGCCUUCCUGAUGAUAUUGAUGUCCAGGCCUUAUUUGAGCCUUCAGGCCAUUGCUGGGUUCACCAAUGUUGUGCAGAAUGGUCUUCUGGAGUGUGCCAGACAGAUGAACAGGUACUCAUGAAUGUGGACAAAGCAGUUCUCUCAGGGAUUGCAGAGCACUGUGCAUACUGUAAACGCCUUGGAGCCACCAUCAAAUGCUCGGAAAUGAAGUGCAAUCAGCGGUACCAUUAUCCAUGUGCAGCUGGAGCUGGUACAUUUCAAGAUAUUAAGACACUGAUUCUCCUCUGUCCAGAACACAUUGACCAGGCUCCAGAAAGAUCCAAGGAAGAGGUAAAUUGUGCUGUAUGCGACAGUCCAGGCGAACUUCUAGACCAGCUUUUCUGCACUAGCUGUGGACAGCAUUACCAUGGAGCAUGUCUAGACAUAGUUGUGACCCCUUUGAAACGGGCUGGGUGGCAGUGUCCAGAAUGCAAAAUUUGCCAAACCUGCAGGCAUCCAGGCGAUGACAGCAAAAUGUUGGUUUGUGAUAUCUGUGACAAAGGCUAUCACACGUUUUGCCUUCAACCAGCAAUGGAGUCGAUACCUACAAACGGUUGGAGGUGUAAAAAUUGCAGGGUGUGUGUUGACUGUGGAGCACGGACCAGCACUCAUUGGCACCACAAUUGUUCACUUUGUGCUAACUGUUACCAGCAACAAGACCACAGCAUGUCUUGUCCACACUGCGACAAGACAUGUUAUCAAGAUUCCCAGAAAGAUGUGGUGCAUUGUCAGAUGUGCAAGAGAUGGAUUCACAUAGAAUGUGACAGAUCAUUGGAGAAUACUGAGGACAUUUCACUAAAAGAAUGCUACAUAUGUACCAUGUGUAAAGAAACAGAGGUUGCAAUGGAACAUAUUCAAUCUUGUGAUAACAAUGAGACUAUUCAAACUGUUCAAGAAACUGCUACAGAACAUGUAGGUGUUAUUGAAAUUAGUGGAACAACUAAGGAGCAAUUAUCACGAGAAGAAAGUGUUCAUAAGCCAGCCAAUGGCUUUAACCAUGCAGGAGAUCAGACCACAGUGGCUAAUGAAAAAGAUUUGAAAGUGGUCCAUACUGCUGAACAUGUAGAGCCUGAUGUGGCAAAGGAGGCUUCAGUUUCUGAAAAAGCCGUUCAGCAGUUUGAGUGUCUAACUCCAGCCAGAGAUGUUCAAGAGCUCAAAGUGACUGAAAACGAGCCUGAAACACUAGAGCAACCUCAACUGGAUGAGGAAACACGAGAUUUGGAAAUUGUGAUUGAAGGACCAGUGCUUGUAAAAGAAGACUAUCAGUUAUGUGAGAAUAAGUCAGAACUGAUGGAGGUUUCUGGCCCAGAAGUGUCAAAUAAUGAGCUCAUACAAGAAGCUACACCAAUUAAGGAGAGCCCAGAAAUUCCAUUACAAGAUGAAGUGGUACAGAAAAGCGAAGAAAAAAUUUCUCAAGCAUGUCUCAGUAGCAGCAUUUCUGAAGCUGAAAAAACUUCCAGUGAAAGUACAUCAGAUAUGAGUUCACCUGUUGAAAACAAUACUGUCAAAGUUUUUGGAGAAACCUGCAAUAACUACACACAGAACAACAAGUCAAGCGUUUCUUCGCAUUUUGUGACAGUUUCAGUUGGAGUUUCUCCUGUAACAAAUGUGUCUUGUACUUCAGCUGCAGGCACUUUCUCAGGAAUUCCUGCAUCAACGUUCAUACCCAUGGUUCCAAAAAUAGGCAUGGGAAAACCAGCUAUUACCAAAAGGAAGUUUUCUCCAGGACGACCUAGAAUGAGACAGGGCAUGUGGGCGACAAAUGCAAUGAGUUCCCCUUCCUGGUCUACAGACAGUUAUGAAUUUCGGGAGAGUAUGGUAAAAACAAAGCAACCUCAGAGCACCAUUUGGAACAUCAAAGUGGGUCGUGGUGCUGGCUUUCCUGGGAAGAAGAGACCACGUGGUACAGGACACUCUGGACGGGGAGUUAGAGGCAGGUCGAAAUUGAAAAAUGGUAUUGGUGCUGCUAUAACACCAGGAGUUGGUGCCAUGGAAAUGACGGUCAAUAAGGAUGAGGAUGAAAACUCAAUGCAUAACACUGUUGUUUUGUUCUCUACAAGUGACAAAUUUACUUUGAAACAGGAUAUGUGUGUUGUUUGUGGAAGCUUUGGGAAAGGUUCAGAAGGCCGACUACUUGUUUGCUCUCAGUGUGGCCAGUGUUAUCAUCCCUACUGUGUCAGUAUUAAGAUCACCAAAGUGGUACUGAGUAAAGGCUGGCGAUGUCUAGAGUGUACAGUGUGCGAAUCCUGUGGGAAGGCUUCUGAUCCAGGCCGUUUACUUCUCUGCGACGAUUGUGACAUCAGCUAUCAUACCUAUUGCCUGGAUCCACCUUUACAGACCGUUCCUAAAGGCGGCUGGAAAUGCCGGUGGUGUGUUUCUUGUGUGCAAUGUGGGGCAACCUCACCUGGUUUCAAGUGUGAAUGGCAGAACAAUUAUACACAGUGUGCUCCUUGUGCCAGCUUGACUGUCUGCCCUGUCUGCAAUAAGAAUUACAGAGAGGAGGAGCUUAUUAUACAAUGUCGCCAGUGUGACAGGUGGAUUCAUGCUAUAUGCCAGAAUCUGAACACAGAAGAUGAAGUGGAAACUGCAGCAGAUAAUGGCUAUGACUGUUUCACAUGUAGGCAAUAUGCAAUGACAACUCCAGCGACUACCUCAGAAGAGACGGAGUUAUCUUUGGUAUCACCUCAAUUUAUUGUAAAGACUAAAGAACCGGAACUGACGAGGACAUAUACACGGGAUGGUGUCUGUCUGACUGAAACUGGUAUGUCACAGCUCCAAAGUCUCAGUGUCGCUCCACCACGUCGAAAGCGACCCAAGCCAAAGUUGAAGUUAAAAAUCAUCAACCAGAACAGUGUUGCUGUUUUGCAAACUCCACCUGAUCCUCAGUCUGAACAAUCUAGAGAUAUGGAUGGAGAUCUGGAUGAAAGCAGAGCAGCUGACGUAAUGGACUGUGACGCAAAGUCUGAUACACUUACUAGUCCAGAGCGGGAACCAGCAGAUGAUGACUGUAAGGGAGCUGAGGGGUCUGACAGCCUAAAGAAGAGAAAAAGGAAACCAUACAGACCUGGAAUUGGAGGGUUUAUGGUACGUCAGAGGAACCGGACAGGACAGAACAAGACAAAGCGUUCACUGUCGAGGAAGAGCUCCACUGGUUCAGUUUCUGAAAUGAUAACUGGGAAGGAGGAUGUAGGUUGGGUGGACCAAUUGUCAGAGCUGCCUGGUGAUGAGGCAGCUGUUGCUCCUGAGCUUGUGGAGAAAAUGAAAAAGCGAUAUCGGAAGAAAAAGAACAAAUUGGAAGAGAUUUUUCCAGCAUAUCUGCAGGAAGCCUUCUUUGGAAAAAACCUACUUCUUGCAAGUCAACAAAGUAAACUGAGUCUGGAUGCUCUUUCUGAUGAAGAAUUAUCUCGGCCAUCAAACAGAGCUCUGAAUGCAAAUAUAAGUUUCCUGGAUCCUUCCUCUGAUCCACUAUUGAGUUCAGCCACUCAGGUGGCAACAAAACAUCAGGGAGGACAAGGUAACAGUGAAGACCCUUUAGCUGAUCUCUCAGAAGUCCUAACCACAGAAGAUGAUAUCCUUGGAAUACUCUCUGAUGAAUUGGACAAAACAGGAGAUGAGACUGCUGGACUGGAUAUUGGCCCCAUUACAGAGGAUCCAUCUGCGGUUUCCCAGUCAGGUGGAGGCCAAGGUUCACGACCUUUGACCGAGGAACAACUAGACCGAAUACUUAGCCCUGAUCUUGAGAAAAUCGUUUCAGAUGGUACAAUUCUAAGUAAGCUGUACAAAAUUCCAGAGCUGGAGGGAAAGGAAGUGGAAGAUCUAUUCACAGCUGUGCUAAGUCCUUCAGCUAACCAGGCACCUCCGCCACCACCACCACCACCUUUGCCUCCUUUGCCUCCACAUGAACAUGGUGAUGGUGGAUUUGCCAGGAUGCCAGCAAUCAAUGGUGUAAUGGGGCCACAUCCACAGCAGCAGACAUCUUUAGCACCUGGAGGUGGACGAUGCCUCACAAGUUCUUAUUCUUCUAUCCCUCAGUCAUCAUUCCCUGAUAACAGAGACAAGAAUCAUAUGUUUAGUCAAGUUGUAACUGAGCCUCCUAACCCAUGGGUUCCCUCUGCUCCUGCUGUGGAGGCGGAAGGAGACACACUGAACUACACACAACGGAGUACUCUGAAAUGGGAAAAGGAAGAAUCUCUGGGUGAGAUGGCAACUGUCGCCCCUGUUCUGUAUACAAAUACAAACUUCCCCAACCUGAAAGAAGAUUUUCCAGAUUGGGCUACCAGAGUGAAACAAAUAGCUAAACUGUGGAGGAAGGCAAGUUCCCAAGAGAGGGCCCCUUAUGUGCAAAAGGCAAGAGAUAAUCGAGCAGCACUGCGUAUAAACAAAGUUCAAAUGACCAGCGAGUCUUUGAGAAGGCAGCAGCAAGAAUGCAUUGAUUCUGUCUCUCGACCUGACAUUGACUUGCCAUUUAAAGAUCAAAUGAAGCAAAAAGAAUCAGAACACGAGCAAGAAUGGAAACUAAGACAGCAAAUGCGACAGAAGAGUAAGCAGCAAGCCAAGAUUGAAGCUACACAAAAACUGGAACAGGUGAAACAUGAACAGCAGCAGCAACAACAACAAUUUGGGUCCCAGCAAUCUUCUGCAGGCGAGGAUUCUAACAGUCCUAAGGCAGGUGAACAGGACACUGGACACUUGUCUCCUCUGCACUUGCCCAAAGAAGGAUUUACAAGGCCACGGGCUCCUGGCACUUCAGUAUCAACAUCAUCAGAUGAUGUCUUUCUCAGACCUCAGGCUCCUCCACCAACACCAACAAGAGUACCACUGCAGGAUCCAUUUGCACAGCCCCAGGCAUCACAAUCACCAUCACCACAGAUGUUUUCUCCAGUUGCUAAUGUGUCAAGACCAUCAUCUCCUUGGGAUCCAUAUGCUAAAAUGGUUGGAACACCAAGACCACCACCAGUUGUUAGAAGAAAUUCACUGUCCUCUUUAGAUUCUUGUGCUGUUCCUCAAAACGUAACCAGGCCUUCACCGGCUACUGAACAGAUCGAGAGAAAUAGGCCUCCAUUAGCGGAUGAGUCUUUUGGGUCGUCAUCACCAACUAGCAGUGAUCCUUACGCAAAGGCACCCGAUACUCCAAGACCUUCCAUGACAAUAUCAACAGAUCAUUUUUCAAAACCUUUGGGGAUGCCACAGCCACCUAUGACUUCUGAUCCAUCAGGGAAUAUGCCUGUAAAUGUAAAUGAUCCCUUUGCUAAACCUGCACACAGACCCGAUAUGUUGCCUAGACAACAGGUGCCACAUAAUCGAAUGGGGCCUCUUGAUCUAUAUUCAAGAUCACAACAUGCACCUAAUCAAGCUAAUGUUGAAGAUGGAAGUGGACAGUUGUUUAAGACGCCAAUGCCACCAAUUCAGUCACCUCAAGAUCCUUAUGCAUCUAUGCCUUUAACCCCAAGACGCACAUCUGUUGAUCCGUAUGAAAGGACUGUGUUGAACUCGAGACCUGUGGAUAACUUUUCACAAAGCCCAGUACAGUCGCAGUCCCAGUCAAUGGAGUCAUAUGCACAGCAAUCACAGACACCUCAUCCCGUGAAUGAGCCAUUUUCACACAGUCAGAGAAUUCCCCGGCAAACCCAGGGUGACACAUUUGUUCAACAGGGGUCAAGGUCAAAACGCUCUCCUCAGGAUCCUUAUUCGCAGCCCCCAGGAACCCCUCGGCCUGCAGCUGACCCCUAUUCGCAGCCCCCAGGAACCCCUCGACCUGCAGCGGACCCUUAUUCGCAGCCCCCAGGAACCCCUCGACCUGCAGCGGACCCUUAUUCGCAGCCCCCAGGAACGCCUCGACCUGCAGCGGACCCUUAUUCGCAGCCCCCAGGCACCCCUCGACCUGGAGCUGAUCAGUAUACACAGCAGUCACUAACUCCAAGAGCCCCUUCACAACAAGCAGAUCCGUACUCUCAGCCACCUGGUACUCCAAGGCCUUUAGCUUCAAAUCGUUUUGUACAAUCACCAAUUAAUCAGAGAUAUUCUGAUCCAUACGCACAAUCUCCUUUAACCCCAAGACCAGUUGGCUCGGACCCCUUUGCCCAGCCUCUUCAGUCUCCAAGACCAGUUAUUUCUGACCGGCAAACAUUGACAAGAUCAGGUCAGUUAUUAAAUCAGGAGCAAUUUUUGCAACCACCACACAACAGAGUUCCAAAUUUGAAAGAUACAUUUGUGCGACCAGCUGAUGUAUGUGGUCGAGCACCUCAAACUUCCAGACCAGCUGGAAUACAUGAUGACGCAUUUUCACCCCAUGUACCAGCAGUGAGACCAGCUUCAGACACAUAUGGGCAAACAGUACAUGACCCAUACGAUCAGCCCCCAAGGACCCCAAGACCUCAAACUAAUGACAAGUUUGUGCCAGGGAGGCAUAACCAUGAAAUUAGUGACCAACAAGGACCCACAUCAGAUUCCACAAAUUUUAGCAGCUCCACAGGAUCGCCCAUAAAUUCACAAGUACACCAGUUUCAUAAUGUACCCCCAGCGCUUGACCAAGGCCAAUCAAUUUUGACAUCUGAGGCACAGAAUAAUGUAAGCACAGGUCAUAUGGACACAGAAGAAAAGCAACGGCAGAGGCUGAGGUUACGGGAACUCAUCCUUCGACAACAGCAGCAGAAGAAUGCAGUCCGUCAAGAAAAAGGCCUGCAAGAGCAAGCAAUGACAUCUGCAGCAUCGCCACUCAGGCACUGGCCACAGGAGGAUUUAAAACGUCAAAGUGAACUAUUUGGCAGACCACCUCCUCCCUAUCCUGGUGUUGUGAGAAUCCCUCGUGCAUCUCAAGGUGGACCAAGAUUUCCAGGCCUUUUUGCAAAUGAACCCCGCAGUCGUUUAAUAACUGAUGGUCAAUUUAACCGACCACAAUUUUCUGGAGAUGUUGCAAGAAUGGUCAUGAGGACACAAGGUCCAAGGAACUCUUUUGCAGUUAAUGGACAGAGACCAUUUGCAAAUCAGGAACACUUCCUUGGGCCACAUCAGAUGCAGGCAAAUGUUCCUGGCCUUCCACAGCAGCUAAGGCGAUCACUUUCUGUGGACUUUACCAGGUCUUUAAACAAUCCACAGGUGAACAACGGAGUAAUUAUCCCUCAACAUUUUCCUCCUCGGGGUAUGCAAAUGCAACAGCACAAUAUUUCAGGACAACCAUUCAUAGAACUGCGGCACAGAAUACCAGAAAAUAGGCCACGACUUCCUUUUGCAUCAUUGGUGCCUUCCAGUGGUUUGGAUCCUGCUAGUCCACAACAAAGGCCUGGUGUAGUUCCUAUACCAGGGCAGGGUGCUUUCUCUCCAAGUCAAGGACCAAAGUCAGUGGAUUCAGUGUCAAAUCAACAGCAUGGCAUACAUAACCAAAUUGAAAAUUGUGGUGAUUUAGAUCAACUUAAUCAGCACCAACAGCAAAUGCAUAUAAAUCAUCCAGCCAUGCCCCUUUCUCGUUCUUUGAGCAAUCCACCUACCAGUGAAGCUUUUACAUCAACAGUCUCAUUGUCUGCCAGUGCGUCUGUGCAAGGAGACAAUAUGGUAGAAAAACUUGAUUCAGAUGAACCUUCAGUGAAAGAUCUUGAUGUUAAGGACCUUGAUGGAGUGAGAGACCUAGAGGUUAAAGACUUAGAUGAUGAAGAUUUAGAGAACUUAAAUUUGGAUCCAGUAGAUGGGAAAGGUGAUCCUGACUUGGAUAAUUUAGACAACCUAGAAACAAAUGACCCACAUUUGGAUGAUCUGUUAAAAUCAGGGGAAUUUGAUCUUAUUGCUUAUACAGACCCUGAGCUUGAUCUAGGUGACAAGAAAGAUAUGUUUAAUGAAGAAUUGGAGCUGAAUGAUCCAGUAGAUGAUAAAUUAGACGAACAGAGCAAGACUGGAGAAGAAACAAAAUGUGACCAAGUAGCCAAAGCAAGAAAACAAUCUGAUUGUUGUCCUGAGAAAGACGAAACUGCAAAAUCAAGUGGAGGAUCUGAUGAACAUAGUCCAAAAGAUGCAAAGCAUUCCGUAAAAUCUGAAAAUGGUGUUAAUGAUGGUAAUCGCGAUGUUCCUUUUAGUGCAGGUACACCUGAGACUGAGAUAAAAGAUACAGUAACAGAUAAUGCACCUGCUUCUAACCCUUGCAUUGAAGGAGAACUGGAAAUGACAAAGGGAGAGGAAAGAGUUGACGGUAACACAGAAUCUAAGGAGGCUAGCCCAGAUUUCAGUGAUUCACAAUCUUCUAUCCAGACAUCUAAUUCUGUAGGGAGCAAUUCUUGCACUCUAACUGAUUCUACUCCAGUUCUUUCAAGUCUGUUAACUGAGAAGCCAAGUAGUUCUGGACUUGCAUCAUUGGGCUCACCAACCCAGGUUGUGCCAUCACCUCAACCGCAUCCAAAUAUUGGUAUCCCACAAUCUCCUAAUAUGGCAGUCUCUCCAGGGCAAAUUCCUGAGAAUGCAAUUCAUCAAAAUUUGCAGAUGGGUCAUAGGUUAAACUGUAACUUUUCACAGGGCUCUUCAGGAAAUAGGGCCUUUUUCCAAGCGCAGCCACCUGGCCAGAAUUAUACGGCAGGACAACAACCAAGUCAAAAUGUUAUUGCAAAUCCAUCAGGUCCCAGUAAGCUACCCACCACACAGCAAAUUAUACUUCCUCAGGCAGUAGGUCCUCAGGGUCAGCGUGAGCGGCCCCUUCUUUUAGAAGAGCAACCUCUCCUUCUGCAGGACCUUUUGGAACAAGAAAGGCAAGAGCAGCAGCAGCAACGACAAAUGCAGGCUAUGAUACGCCAUCGAUCCACUGAUUCUUUCUUUCCUAAUAUUGAUUUUGACACAAUCACUGAUCCAAUAAUGAAAGCAAAAAUGGUGGCCUUGAAGGGAAUCAAUAGAGUUAUGGCCCAAAGUAAUUUGGGAAUGCCACAAAUAGUAAUGAAUAGGUUUCCAUUUGUGAGUCAGCAAAUGUCUAGUACACAGAGUGUUGACAGUGGACAGAAUCCUAUUCUUCAAGGAGUUGGCCAGGAUGGGAAUUUGCCACCUCAAAUGUUACGACCAAAUCCUCCAUCUUUUGGUCCAGGUUUUAUGAACAAUGCACAGAAGAAACAGUAUGAGAAAUGGCUGCAGGAUACCCAGCAGCUCCUCCAAAUACAGCAGAAAUAUCUUGAGGAACAAAUUGGGACACACCGAAAAUCUAAGAAGGCACUCUCUGCUAAGCAGCGUACUGCCAAAAAGGCUGGGCGCGAGUUUCCAGAAGAAGAUGCAGAACAACUUAAGCAUGUAACUGAGCAGCAGAGUAUGGUGCAGAAGCAGUUGGAACAGAUUCGAAAACAACAAAAGGAACAUUCAGAACUGAUGGAGGAAUAUCGUCUAAAGCAGCAGCAACAAUGUGCAAUGCCAUCACCUACCAUGAUGCCGACUGGAUCAGUCCAGCCCCCCUCAGUCCAAGGUGGAGCGCCAUCUUCAGUAAAUCAACAGAGUUUCUCAGUAAUGCCACAGCAACAACCCCAGCAACAACUUCAGCCACCUGUUCCAACCCAGCCAAAUGCUCCCAGAAUGACUAAUGCUCCUCAAUGGCAACCUUGCAAUCCUAAUGCAACAGCGCCUCCUCACAUGUCCGUGAGUACUCCAAGGAUGCAACACCCUGCACCACCUCAGCUGCCAGUGACAAACACGCAAUCUACUCAAGCAGCAACAGUCACAACAAAUCAACAGUCCAAUGUACCACCACGAGUUGAAUUUGAUGACAACAACCCAUUCAGUGAAACUUUUCAGGAGAGGGAACGUAGGGAGCGUUUACGAGAGCAACAGGAAAGGCAGAGAAUCCAGCUCAUGAAGGAAGUGGAACGGCAUCGUGCUAUGCAGAAGAGGAUGGAAAUGGAGCAACAGCAAGGCAUGGCAGCUUUAAACACAUCCACUCUCUCUCAAAUGCCAUAUUUUAAUUCUGAUUUGCUUUGUGAUUUUAUGCAGUCUCAAAGGCCUCAACAGCAGCAAGUUCAGCAGAUGGGACUUGUUCCUCACCAGCAACAGAAUCUAUUUCCACAGUUCAUGAACUCACCACCUCAAACACCUUUGAUGCAGUGCAAUGACCGUAGACCAGUGGGGGCACCGGGAUUUGGGCCUGAGGCCCAUACUCUCCCAGGUGGAUGCCCGCCUACCCAUCCUAUGAAUCAGGUACCAUCUGGACUUGGCUUUCAACAAAACCAGCUAAGAGCUCCCUUUGGGCCAUGUGUCCCUGCAGGCUCUCAAGGAAAUAGCGAUGGACCUUCAUUUGGCCCAGAUAAUGGAAUGCAACUGCCAGGCAAUUACCCAGGCCCAGGUCAAUCUCUCAUUCAACUUUAUUCCAAUAUCAUACCAGAGGAGAAAGGGAAGAAGAGAAGAAGCAGAAAGAAGAAGAAAGACGAUGACAGUGACUCAGUCAAGACACCAUCUACUCCUCAUUCUGACAUCACCGCACCAGCUACACCUACUAUUUCUGACUCUGCUUCUAACCCAUCGGUUAAUCUGCCUGGGGAGUUUGGGUUUAAUCAGGGUGAACAGGAGAAUGAAGAGGUAAACCAAUUGGUUGACAAUUCAAAUGACCACCAGCCUCCAUCUGAACUUGAACGGCAACUUUCUUCCAGUGCUAGUGCACCACACAGACUUAUGAUGCAACAGAUUGGUCUGCCAUCUGAAACAGAUCGCAGUCCAUCAAAUGAAGACGCUCAGACAAACACAGUGAAAGUGGAACAGGCAGAAACCAUACAUUGCCAUGAUAAUUCUCAGUCCAAGGUGGAAACACAGAAUUCAGUAAAGGUAGAAGGAAAGGUCAGUUUGCAACAGCCUGCUGUUUCAACACAGAGUCCAGCUGCAGGAACAAAUGUAUCAGGAUCAAAACCAGAAUCAGGAAAUGAACUUUUGAAACAUCUACUGAAGAAUAAGAAUGCUCCAUUGCCUCCCCACCAAAUAGCAGAAGAAAAAUCCGAAGGUGAAUCGUGUAUGGAAAACAAAUUAAAGAAACAAAGUCCAUUUGAGGGGCAGAGUCCACCAAGUGGUUUUAACUUUGAUGGAAAGGUGAAUCAGUUGCUGAGGAAGGAUUCAGAGGAAGAAAAGAAACGAUCAAAAAACAAGAGAUCACAGAAAACAGCUGAGAAGGCUGUGUCACGCUAUAAGAAACGUAAAAAAGAUGAGGAGGACAGACCAGCAAUCUACCCCAAUACAGAUGUGCUAAUGAACCAGUUAAAACAGCAAUUGACUCUUCUCCCCCUAUUGGAACCAACUAUCGGUGUGAAUUUUGCAUACUUCCCUCCCUACGGUAGUGGACAGUUGAAUGGUGAUAAUUUACUCACGGGAUCGUUUGGCAGUGCUGUUCUUGACAGUGUUCCAGAUUACUACUCUCAGUUGAUUUACAAGCAGAGCAACUUGAGCAAUCCUCCCACCCCACCGGCUUCCUUGCCUCCUACCCCACCACCUGUGGCUCGCCAGAAACUAAUGAAUGGUUUUGCUACCACUGAUGAGCUCUCUGGAAAACCAGGACAUCAUGACGUUGGCAAAGUUCUUGGAACAAAACAGUACCAGUUGCCUUUUAGACCUGAAGAUGAGCUGUUGGCAAGAGCUUUGGCCCAUGGACCGAAAACAGUGGAUGUUCCUGCCUCCCUCCCGACUCCACCCCACAACAAUCAUGAGGAGUUGAGAGGCCAGGAGCAUUGUGGCGAUGAUGACUGUGACUCACCAGACAGCUUUGUAGCUUCGUCAUCUCCAGAAAGCGUAGUAGGCAUGGAGAUCAGCAGAUAUCCCGAUCUCACCCUGGUGAAAGAAGAACCACUGGACCCAGCUCCAUCGCCAGUAAUUCCCAUGCUGCCGAGUUCAACUGGCAAAGGUUCAGAAGCUCGACAGAGUGAGGUUAAGAUGGAGCCAACCUUUGGAAAUAUGGGUUCAGCGAUGUUUUUUGGAAAUCAGUUUACGCAGUCUCAGAAUGGGCCCAAAAUUGGUUUUGUAUCUGUUGCACUUACUCUGACUCCGUCAGCUGCUGAGGAUAUUAAUGGUGUUGUAGCAAGAGUGGCUGACUUCCUACGCAUUAAAGUUCCGAACAGUUACGAGGUCAGCAGUGCACCCGAACCACCUUCGAUGCCUUUGAUUAAUGCUUACAAAUUCACCCAAGCCUUGGAAAGCAGACCUUCGCUGAUGGUUCAAGGUUCCCACCCUUGCUUUACUGGCCCUGUCAAGAUUAUGAGACCUGUUGGGCCUACAAGCCUACCAUAUAUGAUUCCUACCAGUGGCACAGUGGCACUCAAAGCAGACAAUCGAGCAGUCAUGAACAGCUCUACCAGCUCUAAACCUCAGUGGUGCCGUCAUUGUGAUGUCGUUGUGCUUGGUAAUGGUGUACGGAAGACGGUCACUGAUCUUCCAUAUAACAAGCAGGAUUCAAGAGACGGAACAAGCAAAACUGAGCCUGAUAUUGUCUUCUGUAGCAAUAACUGCUUUGUACAGUACGCAAUGGCCACCCAAGCAAAAACUCCAGAGUCAAAGCAACAGGAACUUACAUCUGUAGUAAUAGAGCAGCCAGCCAAAGAUGUGACACGAAACACAUUCCAUCAUUAUAACAACAACACCUCCUCCUUAGAUGUCCAUCGACUUCCACGGAUUCAGGAAAACGCAGUGUCUCCAACUACUCCAACUACUUAUUUCCCUCCUGCCAACCUGCAAGAGUCAAAACCUGAAGAUCUUAAGGUGACGGUGAAGCUGAAGCCUAGACCGAGGUCUAUGCCGGAAGACCUAGAUGACAGUCGUCCAGCAAUUAAAAGGUGGAAAGGGAUGAAGUGGAAAAAGUGGAGAGUUCAAAUAGUCAUUCCUAAAGCGCAUUUGAAAUUGGCGUCUGAGGAAGAAAUAGACGAACUCCUGAAGAAACUUGGAACAUCCCUAAAGCCUGAACCCAUGCCACGAGACUAUAGAAGAUGUUGUUUGUGUCACGAAGAAGGUGAUGGAACAACCAAUGGGGCUGCAAGGCUUCUGAAUCUUGAUCUUGAUCUCUGGGUCCACUUGAACUGUGCCCUCUGGUCCACAGAAGUAUAUGAGACCCAAGCUGGCGCCUUGAUUAAUGUGGAGAUGGCUUUAAGACGUGGUCUUUCUAUGAAGUGUGUUUUCUGUCAUAAAAUGGGAGCUACUGGUACAUGUCAUCGGAUAAGAUGCACCAAUAUUUAUCACUUUACCUGUGCCAGUAAAGCCCAAUGUAUGUUUUUCAAGGACAAGACGAUGCUCUGCUCAAUACAUAAACCAAAGGGACCCCAUGAGCAAGAGUUGACAUACUUUGCUGUCUUUAGGAGGGUCUAUGUGCAACGGGAUGAAGUCAAGCAAGUUGCCAGCAUUGUACAACGAGGUGAACGCAACCACACAUUUCGUGUUGGUGGCCUGAUUUUCCAUGCCAUCGGGCAACUUCUCCCACAGCAGAUGCAGUCUUUUCACAGCUCUAUAGCUCUCUACCCAGUUGGAUAUGAAGCGAGCCGUUUUUAUUGGAGUACACGUUACUCCAACAAACGUAGCCGAUAUCUCUGCUCCAUUGAAGAGAAAGAUAAUGUCCCAGAAUUUGUGGUCAGGGUUAUUGAACAAGGUCAUGAAGAUCUGGUCUUAACAGGAAGUUCUCCAAAAGGGGUGUGGCAAAAGCUCCUGGAACCCAUCGCUCGCCUUAGAAAAGAUGCUGACAUGCUGAAACUCUUUCCAGACUACCUUAAGGGUGAUGAUCUGUUCGGCUUGACUGUUUCUGCAGUCACAAGGAUAGCAGAAUCGCUACCUGGAGUAGAGAACUGUGAAAACUACACCUUCCGUUACGGUCGCAAUCCAUUGAUGGAACUUCCACUUGCAAUAAAUCCUUCAGGCAGCGCUCGGUCUGAACCCAAAAUGAGUACCCAUGUCAAGAGGUUUGUGUUAAGGCCGCACACUCUGAACAGUACCAGUACAUCCAAGUCUUUUCAGAGCACCGUUACGGGAGAGCUGAAUGCACCUUAUAGCAAGCAAUUUGUCCAUUCCAAAUCCUCUCAAUAUCGCAAAAUGAAGACCGAAUGGAAGAUUAAUGUUUACCUGGCUCGUUCUCGAAUCCAGGGUCUUGGUUUGUAUGCUGCCCGAGACAUUGAGAAGCAUACUAUGGUCAUUGAGUACAUUGGAACAAUCAUCCGUAAUGAAGUGGCUAACAGGCGGGAGAAACUUUACGAAUCACAGAAUCGUGGAGUAUACAUGUUUCGCAUUGACAGUGAUCAUGUUAUUGAUGCAACAUUGACAGGAGGUCCUGCAAGAUAUAUUAAUCAUUCCUGUGCACCAAAUUGUGUGGCUGAGGUGGUGACGUUUGAGAAGGGACAUAAAAUAAUCAUCAGCUCCAACCGUAGGAUUCAAAAAGGAGAGGAGCUAUCAUAUGACUACAAGUUUGAUUUUGAAGAUGACCAGCACAAGAUCCCAUGUCACUGUGGAGCUGUAAACUGCCGCAAAUGGAUGAACUAACAGCAUUCCUUGCAAUAUUUCUGGGGUUCGCUUGUCCCUGGGAAAAGAUGCUUACCAUGUUUUUUUUUAUAAAGAAAUAAGCCUGGAGCUCUCAAAUGAUUUUCCUCAUCUCCAGCAGCAGCACAGAAUUCUAUAACAAGCAUAAACUAAAGACUGGCUAAGUCGCCAGUUGCCCAUCUGUUCAAUUAUAAUGCAGGUGGAAGCAGAUUACUAAAUGGUCUAGCACUGGAGUUACUGUCCUGUAUUGACUAAAAAUGAGAAAUGGUUUUAUUAGGAAAAGAACCAAUGGCUGACCUGCUUUCAAGUAGGAUAGGCACUUAUGAAUGUAGGACUGAAUUCACCAGCUAGGGGAAGGAUCAACAGUGCUGGCCACAGCCUUAUUUGCAAGGGGCAGGCCCUCUAAUUUAAAAAUAAAUAAAUAAUUAAAAAGUAGACACCACUGAACAAGGAAUGUACUGAGAUGACUUCCUUAGGGAUACAGCUAAGGGAAAUAACUUGCACUAAAAAAAAACAUUUAAAAUACUUGAUUCCAUGAGUCAGUUUAUUGUAGUUUUUUGAUUUCUGUAUGAUAAAAGAGAAACAUUUUUGUAUUUAUUGGAUAAGUGAAUGAAGCUAUUUUUAAAAAUAAAUGUAGAAGAAAGCCAAGCUGCUGCUGUUACCUGCAGAUAUAAAAUCCUGUUACUUUGUACAAAGUGUAAAUAGAAUGAUGAAUAAACAGUAUAAAAACAAAUGACCAAAUGCUACCUGACGCUGCAGCUGUUUGCUUUUAGUGGAGUCCCCUGAGUCAGGUUCCAUGGCAUAUAAUUUUAACCAACUGUGAAUUAGGUUCAAAACCACACCCAGGUAGUGACAAGGAGCCCCUUUAGCAAACCUAGAUAUAAAGGUAGAGGAUUGCUGACAUAAAAUAUUCAGCAAAAUCAUGUAAGAGUUGUAGCCUCAAAGAAUAGUUUUUAUUUUUAAGCAAAAUUAUGAGAUGUAAUUAUGCUAACACUGCAGGAUUUUUGACAAUAGGGUUUUGGAAUAAAUGAGAAAAUAGGCACAAAAAUAUUAUUUGUAUGGAUUGUUUUGUUUACAUUUCUUUAAACAAACACUGUUUUGUGUUGGCUUAUAGAGGUUUAAAAUAUGCAUUUUGAACCAGGUUAGCUUUAUUUUGUACUUACAGGAAAAGAAAUAACUGGUACUGACACUUCACAAUUAUUAAGUUCAAAUGAAGUUUGUGUGCACAUUAUCAGUAAACUGUUAUAUUCAAUGAAGCGGUCAUAAAAUGUAAUGUAUAUGGCAUGUUGUAUUUUUUAUCUUGCAGAAGAAAUCAAAUGUACAUAGUUCUUGAUAAAUAGCUGUAUGAAUUUGUUUCUUGGAUUUUUUUUUCUCUCUUGUAUAAUAAUAUUCCAACAUCCUACCAGUAUUUGUCCUACAGUUUUUUUUGUCCUGUAUAAUAGUAUCUAAUGUUGGGGAAAAAAGCAGCUUUUUUUUUGAAGUAUAAAGAGUGUUAUUGGGUUUUGGAGUUUGUG